CAAACCAGCUAGGGCUCAUUUAGACCAUUUUAAAAGUCUGCCUACCGAAUCGGGAGCAGGAGUCAGUCGGAGAUGGGUCUGAAGAAACGCCAGCCUCCUCGCGGGACCUGUGCCCUUUUCGCUGUCUCCUCUUAACACACAGCCAGCCCACAGCUGCACCCAGGCUUGCAUGGUCCUCUAGGCAACCUGUUCUAGGCCAAAGAAGACUCAGAACCUCCAAAGGCUUCUUCUAGCUUUAAGAUGGCAAACGUGGCAUCAUCUUCCCAGCCAAAAAGAGUGAGUCCUAAGCUGGAACUUAGUCCACAGCAGAUACAGGAGCUACGCCAAGCUUUUGAUCUCUUCGAUACUGAUGCAACUGGGACCAUUGAUGUUAAAGAGCUCAAGGUGGUGAUGAGAGCAAUGGGCUUUGAACCAAAGAAAGAAGAGAUUAUGAUGAUAAGUGAAAUUGAUCCAGAAGGGACAGGAAAAAUGAAUUUCAAUGACUUCUUGACUGUGAUGACUCAAAAAAUGUGGGAGAAAGAUUCCAAAGAAGACAUCCUGAAAGCUUUCAAGCUCUUCGAUGAUGAUGAAACUGGGACCAUAUCAUUCGACAAUCUCAAAUGUGUAUCCAAUGAGUUGGGUGAGAACAUCACUGAUGAGGAGCUGAAGGAAAUGAUUGAUGAAGCUGAUCGAGAUGGAGACAGGGAAGUCGAUGAGGAAGAUUUCCUGCAUAUCAUGAAAAAGACCAGCCUUUAUUAAGAGUAUUCUCUCCUGUUGCAAGCACACACAACUAGUUUUAGUGCCUGUUAUUGUGUGAAACCUGGUUUUUGAGAACACAAGUGUUUUUUCCCCACUAACCUCCCUGUAUACCUUUAGCAACAACCUUACAUCCAUUUUCAAUUUUUGUAAGUGUUCUUUGACAAUAUAGUUCAGUGAUGGCGAACCUAUGACACGCGUGUGAGAGGUGACACACGAACUCAUUUUUUUGGUUGAUUUUUCUUUGUUAAAUGGCAUUUAAAUAUAUAAAAUAAAUAUCAAAAAUAUAAAUCUUUGUUUUACUAUGGUUGCAAAUAUCAAAAAAUUUCUAUAUGUGACACGGCACCAGAGUUAAGUUAGGGUUUUUCAAAAUGCUGACACCCCGAGCUCAAAAGGUUCGCCAUCACUGAUAUAGUUCUUUGUGAUGUGACCUGCUGCUUCCUUUAAUUCUCCAAAACAGAACAAGAGCACAUUAGUGCAUUUACCCACUUGUCAUUCUACCUUGUAUUGCUUCACUCUUGUCAUGCAGUCCCACAUUUAUGCCACCAUAGAAAGACUUCUCAGGCAAACACAUGUUGUAACUUUGUCACCACAAACAGCAGGCAUCUCUACAAUGGUUCUGGUUUUAACUGACACCUAAGUGCAGCUUUCUCUUUUAAAAAGUACAGUGAACUCUCUCACAUUUGGAUGUCUUUUUCCUGUUUGUUUUGUCUUACAAUAAAGCUUUUCUUAGUUUGAAAAAAAAAAA